CUUCCGGCCACGUUGAGUGUCGCCAUUUUCAUCAACAGGCCGGGUUGUGGAUAGAGCGAAGAAGAUUCUGACGUGUUAAUAGAAGCUUAAAUUAUUUUCUGAAUCAUGGAAUAUCUCAAGACGAUAUCCGUUCUUGUUGCCGUCCUCAUCAAUGUCGUCCUAGGCACGGAGUUGACUUUUGAGCUCCCCGACAACGAACGACAGUGCUUUUUCGAAAAAAUCGACAAAGGCGUGAAAAGCACACUAGAAUUCCAGGUAAUCACAGGUGGUCAGUAUGACGUGGACAUGGAGCUAACGGCCCCCAACGGUCAGAUUCUCUACAAGGAUGUGAAGAAACAGUAUGACAGCUUCACCUGGACCCCUGACCUUGGUGGCAUCUACAAGUUCUGCUUCAGUAACGAAUUCUCUACCUUCUCGCACAAAGUUGUAUACUUUGACCUCGAGGUCGGGGAUGAGAAGCCCAUUGUUGAGGACUCGAAUGCUCAUGCUACUGCCAUGACUUUGAUGGAAACUUCGGCCGUAAAUAUCCACGAAGACUUGAAAACGAUUGAUGAUUAUCAAACACAUUUCCGUCUGCGAGAGUCUCAGGGCCGUGCUUUCGCCGAGGACCUCAAUGAAAGGGUCAUGUUUUGGUCGAUCGGAGAGUCGGUUGUUGUUGUUAUUAUCGGAAUCGGACAAAUCCUUGUUCUCCGGAGUUUCUUUACAGACAAACACAGGGGGACGACGGCCACAUAAUGUUGUAUGGAUGCUAGGAUGUUCACACAUUUUCAUCGCUCAUCUUUUGCAAUCUGAUUGAAAUAUACGACGGUGGUGUUGCCAUGGUUACCUUAAGACUUUCGGAUCGUCUUACAUUGGACUUUUAAGAAUGAUGUUCCUGCUGCUAUUUAUUAUACAUAUAUGCACUAUUUUACAAAAUACAAAUGUUCCAACCGUUAAAGAUUAAACACGUUUUCUUGCAGCAGCUUGAAGGAUAAGUUUGGAUCUUUGUCAUAUGAAGAUUUCAAAGUGUUUUAUUUAAUUGAAAACAUUUGUUACUUUUUGUAUGGGUUCUGUAGCACUGCUAAUGUUACUACAUGUAUUUAAAACCUUUCUAAGGGUACUGACUUAUCUAGGCUGGAGUGACCUGAUGAUGGUAGUGAACACAACUUGCAGUGCAGAGUUGUGUCCCUUUGUUGUCGGGAAACAUUCAGAUCCCUUUUUUCAGUCUGGAUCUGAUCUUUGGUCAGUCAGCUGUUAUCUGUUGUCAUGUGUUUCACACACAUGCAUAUGGACGCAUGCCCGGGCAUGCAUGCAUGCACACACACACACAUGCAUAUGGACGAAUACCUGCAUACACAUGCAUAUGCGUGCACGCACACAUACACACUCACAUGUGGGAUGGGUAUUGCAGGUUUAAAGUUUAUCUCAAUAUUUUGUAAUGCACAAGGCCGUAUUGUGAUAGGUAUCACGAUAUAUUGUAUGAUUCUAAAUUUUGAAUUCAGAAGCAAUCUGAUACAAUAACGUAUGAAUUGAAGUUCAUAAAUGGAACAACACAAGAUGCUGGUACAACAUAAUGUUUACUCAGUCAAUAAAUACGCAGCCAUCUUGGAUGCAUGCUGCCGGGCAGCGUAGGCAUUUGGCGAGUAUAUAACAUUAAAAACAUGAUAAAAAUACCAAUUUGAAAUCACCCCAUAUACUGAGCAUUAAAAAUGAUAGGUAUCGUGGGAAGAAGGAACCUCAAUUUACCGCUAUACACACACACACACACACACAAAUAUAACCCCAAAAUUCCACCACCACAUGCACCCGCACAACACACACAUUGGAGGUGUGAUCUAGUGGGUAGUAUAUAUACGAAUGGUGUAUUAUGGGUGAGCCGACAGUUUGUAUGUUUGUUGUGUAUUUUGGUCAGAUUGUUUCAUUCACUCUGUGACAACUCAUUAUUGUGAUGGAGGCAACUACUGUUAGUGCAGAUUUUGGUCAGAGACUAAAUGACGUAUAACCACCUUCCCAUCGUCACUCAUGAUAUCUCUAUAUAAAUGACAGUAUUGCAAAUGAAGAAUAAAAACACAAAGGUUAAUAAUUAGGUGAUACCGUAUUCGAUGUAAUAAGCGCCCUGCUCUAAUAAGCGCCCACAGCGAUAUUUGCUAAUAUAUAGGCUAGUAACCAAUUCAAAUUGGCACCCCUUCCGAUUGAUCAAUGUACACAAGACUUACUAUUUGUGUAUAAUACGCACUCAUGUGUUAUAUGCACCCUACAUUAUGGGCAAUUAAAUUCUGGAAAAAUAUAUCUGUCGUG